CAGCAAAGCCCGUCCGCGCGGCUUCAGUCAAGACCCCACGCGUCGGAGGAAGGAGGCGGCGGCGACGACAGAGCAGCACUCGAGUGGCCGUUAGUGGCGCCGCAUCCGGAAAACGCCUCAGGCGUGAAGCUGACCGGCGGCCGCUUGAGGGAGCGAAGUGGCAACGCGCGGGGGAAGCAGCCGGGCGCCGCGGGCUGGGGAGAUCGCCCUUCGCCGGGAGCGCCGGUCGCUGCGGUCUCGCUCUCCGCCGCCGGGCGAGGACUGAGGGUGCGCGGCUGGCUGGGUGCGAUGCCAAGGCGGCCCGCUUUUUUUUUUUUUUUUCUUUUCUCGGAGGCUUUGCGAAGGACCUUGCCAGGGAUGCUGUGCUAAAGGCGACGCCGCUCUGAAGAACGGGGGUCUCUCGCGUGCUCCUGGGCGUGUGUGCGUGCGGUUCUUCUGCUCCGUGUGUAUCGCCGGCUGAGCGCGCCUCCGUAGGGCUGCCCGGUGCCUCUUUUUCGUGCUGAACGUCAGGAGUUCCCUCCAGCUCUCGCCGAUCUUUUGGGGGGAGUGGGUUUAUUGCGGAGCCGGGAGAAGGAAGCCACCGGACCGGAUUCUUCGUCAGAGGAAAUUCUGGGACGGAAUCCGGAGAGUUGCGAAAGAAAAUCCCCGCUCUCCCGGAUCCCAGCGCGCCUUGGGAGGAAUCGCUCUUUGGCCAUCAAGGAUUUCUCCAUCCUCCCCGAAAUGGAUACAGUUCCUCUGCUCUGGGGAUUUCUCCUCCUUCUUCGUUUGGCCGGAUCGGGAGUCUUGGGGCAAGCAGCAGCUCAGCCAUGCGGGGGCCGCUUGAAUUCCAAAGAUGCUGGCUACAUUACUUCACCUGGCUAUCCACAAGACUAUCCUUCCCAUCAGAACUGUGAGUGGAUCAUUUACGCCCCAGAACCCAACCAGAAGAUCACUCUCAACUUCAACCCUCACUUUGAAAUCGAGAAACAUGAUUGCAAGUAUGAUUUUAUUGAAAUACGGGACGGGGAUAAUGAAAAUGCAGAUCUUCUGGGAAAGCACUGUGGAAACAUUGCUCCACCUACUAUCACUUCAUCCGGCCCUUCUCUGUAUAUCAAAUUCACCUCAGACUAUGCGCGUCAAGGUGCUGGCUUCUCUCUGCGUUAUGAGAUCUACAAGACUGGCUCUGAAGAUUGUUCUAGAAACUUCACCAGUUCAAAUGGCACCAUUGAAUCCCCAGGCUUCCCUGAUAAGUAUCCACACAAUUUGGACUGUGCCUUCACCAUCAUGGCCAAGCCGAAAAUGGAGAUUGUCCUUCAGUUUUUAACAUUUGACCUAGAGCAUGACCCUCUGCAAGUUGGGGAGGGAGAUUGUAAAUAUGAUUGGCUGGACAUCUGGGAUGGUAUUCCUCAAGUUGGGCCCUUGAUUGGCAGGUACUGUGGCACUAAAACUCUUUCAGAGAUCCGCUCAACUACGGGCAUCUUAUCCCUCACAUUCCACACAGAUUUGGCUGUGGCUAAAGAUGGGUUUUCUGCUCGCUAUUAUUUGGUCCAGCAGGAGGCGCCAGAGAACUUCCAGUGCAACAGUCCAUUGGGAAUGGAAUCUGGCCGGAUCUCCAAUGAACAAAUCACAGCUUCAUCUACAUACUCUGAUGGCAGGUGGACUCCGCAACAGAGCCGACUCAAUAGUGAUGAUAAUGGGUGGACUCCUAAUGUGGAUAGCAACAAAGAGUUCCUGCAGGUGGAUCUUCGCUUUCUGACAGUGCUGACAGCCAUUGCUACUCAGGGCGCCAUUUCCAGAGAAACACAAAAUGGAUACUAUGUUCGCUCAUACAAACUGGAGGUCAGCACAAAUGGAGAAGACUGGAUGAUGUACCGGCAUGGCAAAAAUCACAAAGUAUUUCAGGCAAACACCGAUGCUUCUGAAGUGGUUCUCAACAAAAUCCAUGCUCCAGUGCUGACUCGGUUUGUGCGGAUCCGUCCCCAGGUUUGGCAUAGUGGGAUCGCCCUUCGACUGGAGCUAUACGGCUGCCGAAUUACAGAUUCACCCUGUUCCAGUAUGUUGGGGAUGCUUUCAGGACUUAUCCCAGACUCUCAGAUCUCAGCUUCUUCUACCAGAGAAUAUCACUGGGUUCCUAGUGUGGCACGCCUAGUCAGCAGCCGCUCAGGAUGGUUCCCCCGCAUCCCUCAAGCCCAGCCUGGUGAGGAGUGGCUGCAGGUAGACCUGGGCCUCCCUAAGAACGUGAAAGGAGUGAUUAUCCAAGGGGCCCGAGGAGGGGACAGCAUCAAUGUGGCAGAGGCACGAGCUUUUGUGAAGAAGUUUAAAGUGGCGUACAGCAUGGAUGGGAAAGACUGGCAUUCAGUUCAAGAUCCCCGAACCAUGCAGCCAAAGAUAUUUGAAGGGAAUAUGCACUACGACACCCCUGAAGUUAGAAGGUUUGAUCCUGUUCCUGCACAGUUCAUCAGAGUUUACCCAGAAAGAUGGUCUCCAGCAGGGAUCGGGAUGCGAUUAGAAGUCCUUGGGUGUGACUGGACUGAUGUUAAGUCCACUGCGGAGACAUUGAAGCCUACAUUGAAAAGUGAGGAGAUGACCACUCAGUUUUCCAUCGAUGAAGAGGCAACAGAUUGUGGUGAUGGUUGUGUGGAGAAUGGAGAUUUCCAGGUCCCAACAGGAUUUAAUUGCAACUUUGAUCUUCCCGAAGAUUUUUGUGGUUGGACACAUGACAUGUCUACAGGAUUUACAUGGGCUUUUCAUUCUAGAAAUACCUGGACUAGCCAUUUAGAGCCAGGCAUCGGUGUCUAUCCAGCAGAUGGCAAGAGUUAUUUGAGGUUGCAAAGCAGUGCAAGAAGAGAAGGACAACAUGCUCGGCUGAUCAGUCCCACUGUCUUCUUGCCCAGGAGUGCUGUGUGCUUGAUGUUUUGGUACCAGCUCUCUGGAGGGAGUGGGACUAUGUUGCAGGUACGGCGGGAGGCAACGCAUGAGAACAAACCACUGUGGAGCAUCAGGGAAGACCAAGGAGAGGAGUGGAGGGAAGGCCGGAUUCUUCUACCUAGUUAUGAUACAGAAUAUCAGAUUGUAUUUGAAGGCGCCAUAAGCAACGGGCAUUCAGGAGACAUUGCCAUUGAUGAUGUCCGAAUAGGCACUGAUACUUCUUUGGAGAACUGCAUGGAACCCAUUGCAGCUUUCCCUGGAGAACACACGUUUGAAAUUUCAGUGGAUUUCCCAGAAUUGGAGGAUGAGGUUUCAAUUCAUGGGGAAGACUUUGGAGAAGACUCUGAAGACGAUGCCAUAGACCUGGACAGAAACCACACCAUGCUUUCUACAAACUCCCCAUUGACUCCACUGGUGGACACAGAGAAGAACUGGCUAUAUACUCUGGACCCCAUCCUGGUUACGAUCAUAGCCAUGAGUUCUCUAGGAGUCCUUCUAGGGGCAAUCUGUGCUGGGCUACUACUGUACUGCACCUGUUACUACACUAGCCUCUCUUCCCGGAGCUCUACCACUCUGGAAAAUUAUAACUUCGAGCUUUAUGAUGGUAUCAAACACAAGGUCAAAAUGAACCACCAAAAGUGUUGCUCUGAGGCAUGACUGAUUGCACUGAAAUCACAUUUGACAUUUCAUUCCAGCAGUCAUGGCUGGGGAAGAUUACUUUUUCUAUGGAAACUGAAUGCCAUAAUUUUACACAAGCCCAUGCUGGAAUGCUGAAGGGACGGGGGUGGGGGUUGCUGUUGUUUAGAAGAAGAAGAAGAAGAAGAAGAAAGCAGCAGCAGGAAGAAAGUUGGAAGAGGAUGUUGUAAGAAAUAUGGGCAAUUGUUCUUGCAGGAAGAACUGGGUAGGCUCAAACGAAGGAGCCGCCAUGCUCUCCAUUUUGUUUCUUCUAUGAGUCAAUCCCAUCUGAGGAAGGCAAAAGAUCCACUUGGUUUUGAGGAAGCAAGGGACAAAAUGUGGAUAAUUAUUUGCCAUUUCCUUCUUCGGAUGAGAUUGCUAAAUGGCCCCUUCCCCUUUCUAGUCUUAGGAAUUAUAAUCUCACGCUUGCUCGCACACACAGGUACCCGCGUGCCCCAACCAGUAAAUCACCUGUCAGAAAUGGUGCUUGAUUAAAAAGGACUGUCUCGGUGCUGGGGUGUGUGUGUGAAACAAGUCCAGGAAAUUGCAGCCGCUUCCAACAGCCCCCCCAUCUCGCACCCCCACCCCAUCCAACGAAACCGUGUGGCUCCCUUUCACCAAUCAGAAGAGGAGUGGCAGGGAUUGGAGAUGGGGGGGAGGGCGGAAGGAUUUGGCGCAUAGGUCAGCAGGAAAAGCGCUUUCUUUUCGGAUUACCAACAAAAGAAACAGGCUGCCUAAGGUGUGAAAGUUGACAGAAGCAUCUCCUCCAGAGAAGCUGAAGAGCCUUAAAGUGGUUUGUGAAUAAGAGCCAUUUAUUAAAUCCAGAUCUUGGACUGAAACAGCAGAGGCCUUCAUCACAAGGGCUCUUUCUCCUCCUUUUCUUUCUGACCCUCUUUUUUAAUCUUGUUUUUUUUUUUAGUGUAAGAAAAUUGCAGCAAACAAAAGACACAAUUAUAAGGUGCCCAAGAACUCAGGAGAUGGCUUUUUAUAUACUUCAAGAGGAAGACAGGCUGCUAGAUAGAUAGAAAGAGAAAUAUAUUUUGUUAAUGCUGUGUCCACUCUGAUGAGGGAAAAAAAAGUAUUAAAAGGCUUGUGGAGUAAAUGCAGUUAUUCAGCCCAUCACAGAGUGGCAAUGAUACCUCUCACUGAAAGAUAUGAUUUAAUGUCAUCAUUAGUUAAUAAGGACUUACUUUUUCUGCGAAGGAUUCUAAACUAAUGUACCUUUUGAGCAGAUUCAUAAGUGUGGUGCUGUCUGGCAAUGGUAUCGGUCCUUGACAGAUUCAGGUCACUUUGGGAGGACCCAGACAUUGGAAACCUAAGGUUAUGGCAACAUUGCAGGGUAUCAAAGUUAAGCUGAUAUUCUAGUGUGGAUGUUGAAAAAAUGGAUCUGGAGCAAUCUUCUGUCACCUUCUUCUUCCUUCAGAAAAAUGCAAUUUGCUGGUUGUGGUUUGCAUGGCAACUUGUUUAUUUUUGAAGGGCUUUGUGCGAAUAUGUAUUUGACUUUUUUUUAAUAAAGUGCCUUAGAAAAAUAUUUUUCCCUUAGAGAUGUGUGACGUAACAAAAUACAACUGAGGCAUUCAAUGUUUCUCCUUGUCCCUCUUCCUCUUUCACUUCUUCAUUACCAUCAGAUCUCUGCUGGGUAGAGUUUUGUCUUUUCAGAUAGUCAAAUAUAUAUCUAAUGUUUCCACGGGUGCUGUGCCAUGCUUGAAGUGUGUUGCAGACCAGUUUACGUACCAACGUUCAGUUUCCAAUGCCUUUUGUUCAGCUCUUGGCAGCAGUCUUCAAGCCACAGGUUUUUUUGGGAAAAAUCAUAGUGACUGAGAUGUGGAAAGUUUUCCAAAUUAAACAGAUUGGAUAAGCAGUUUAAAAAAAAAGUGGUAAUUUGAGGAAUGACACCUGAUAGCUUAGUAUGAUAGUUUGGUAUUCAAUGACAAUAUUAUGAUGCUGAUAUAGCUUCAUCUUUGUGAUGUUGUGCUGGCAAAGCUCUUUUCUAGGAACGUACCUAAUUGUCAGUAAUUGUUAAAGACAUUUCACUGGCUACACUUCGCAGGAAUGCUUUUCUAAACUGCUACUUGUGAAUGUAAUGGUACACCUUUGGGUACACAUGUGUCAUAUAUGUACACAUGUAUAGAAAUGAGGAUUUGCACAGUUAUCCUACUUAUAUAGGAUCUACUGUCAUGCAGACUAUGAAAUGCUCCUCUGAACAGUUUUAUAUGCAUGCUUACCAAGCUGAAUGUCUAGAAUGUUUGGUUUGUGUGGUGAUAACCACCUGUGUGCAAGGAUAUGAACAAGGCACUUACUUUCACUUUAACACAUUGAAGUCACAAUUCUGUACAGGUUUAGGUGUGCUUAGUGCAGCUCAUUUGGGUGCAUUUAAUUCUGUGAUAGACUAGGAUGUUAAAGCAUUGAUUUUCGCACUAUUGUGUCCACAGAAAACCAACAGGAGCAACUCAUUGAAAGAAAUAAUAUUACUGGUAGUCCUUGAUCACAACUGGGACCAGAAUUUCCAAUGCUAAGCAAGAUGAUUAUUAAGUGAGUCACAGCUGAUUUUGCAACCUUUUUUUGCCAUGGUCGUUAAGCAAAUCCAGCUUCUCCCAUUGACUUUGCUUGGCUGGGAAGGUCGCAAAUGGCAAUCCCAGGACUCUUCAGCCAUUGCUGAAGUACAUGCCAGUUGUCAAGCCUCCGAAUUUUGAUCACAUGACUCUGGAGAUGCUGCAAUGCUCAGAAGUCAUUUUUUUCAGUGCCGUUGUAACUUUGAACAAUCAAUAAAUGAACGGUUGUAAAUUGAGGACUACCUAUAAAAAUAUAUGCCCUUGAAAAGCAGCAUGGGCAAGAUGCCAUCCAUCAUUCCUAAAAUGAAUAGCAGCAUCAAGAGUUUUGGAAUAGCCACUAUUCACACAGAGCAAACAGCUGGCUAGCAAGUGCCUCAUGUCCUGGAGAAUACUUUGGAAUAUUGCCCCCAAUUCUAUAUAAGAGUUUAGUUUUAUGUGCUUCUGGGUUUCCAUUGCAGAAGUCAGCAUAAAGUACCCUGGUAGUAGGACAUUUCAAAAGCACUGCCUUAAAAGCAGCCUUGCUCUAACAGAAUAAUGACUGUAUCUAUCCAGGUAUACCAUAUAUAGAUACACUUCAGCCCACUCUAAACUGAACUAUAGAGUGGACCAUCCAAUUUUACAGGGGCCCCUUCCUGAUUAUUGCUACCAAUGUUGAAGAAAGGUCCACGAGCCAGCUAAGGCUUAUCUCUGGAGCUCUCCAUGGUUUUCAGUGGAAGAAUAAAGCAUAGGUGGAUAGGGUCCCAUACGUAUUUCUCUUAUACUUGUAUGGUGGAUGAAGGAAGACCUCAGAGAUGAUAUAGAUAUAUUAAAAAGUAGUGUUGCUGUCUGUAGUAGACAUACAGAGAGUGAGAGUUCGUGUAUACAUAUAUUACAAUGUAUAUGUGUUUGCGCGUGCUUGUGAGUUCUCUGUAUGUAUUAUAUAUGUGAGUGGCUAUGUGGGGUUUCUUGUAUCUUUAAUGGAGGCCCUCAGCAUAGGUUCAGCCGGGAGGGCAGAGCAAAUGGCAUGAGUCCCACACACUUUGUAUUCUAUGUUGGCAGGUACAGGGGCUUUGUUGUGUGUGCGCUCAGUGAGCAGAAACCGGCCAUAAUGCUGCAUAGCUGAUACCUCACCUACCUCUGUGCUGGGUGCUUUACUAAUGUUCUAAUGCAGAAAAUGGUGUUUGAUUGUAUUUUUCAUAGGGUGAAAGAAAAAAGAAAAGAAAAGGUGCAUAUUUUCAUGUCAGUAUGUUGUCAUCUGCAAAUGUAUGUUGUGCUUGAUGAUCCAUGUUCUUUAGUAACCUCUCUCUUUUUCAAAAAGACAAAGAAAUGCAGCCUAGUGUUACCAGUACCUUUGCUGAAAUAUUGCUUGCCAUCUCCCUCCCUGCCUGCUUGCCUUCCUGCCUCCCAUGGUCAGCUUCACCAUGGCCAGUAGGAGCACUGCAGUACAGCUGGUCUUUGCUUUCUAGGGAGAUGUCAACAAGAAAGCGUGGGGAGUAAGGGGGGGGGGGGAAUGCAGGAAACAGGAUUUUGCAUAUCUUACCAGCUCAAGGUAGUUUGAUCAUUUUACUGGCUGUGCCAGAGAUCAUGUGGACUUUAAAGCUUUUACUGUGAUUCUUCAGUGUUUAAAGAAAACCCAAACUGUGUUUCUAUGAUUUGUAUAAAAGCCUUUUAAAAGUACUAUUUAAUAAACAUUAUAGUAGAUAA